GAAACCUUCCAUGAUUUAGGGUUCCAACUCUUACAUUGAUGUUGCUAUGAAGAUGCUUCAACCAGUGGAUCCAGGUUUUGGAGCUCGUCAUUCUGAUUUAAUUGUCUAUAAGGCUGCCUGGAACAAAUGGCAGAGGGAUCCUAUUCAGUAUUCAUGUAAAGCCUAUUGUACGGCUCGACAAGAGCUGAACAUUCUACUCACACUUCGCCACCCCCAUAUUGUCCCUUUGGUAGGAGUGUGCACCAAACCAUUGGCCCUUGUCCUGCAGCUGGCACCACAAGGAGCCUUGGAUGUUGUGCUGAAGGACUAUAGACGGUCAGGAGCUCGGCUGGAUUUAUUUGUUUUACAGAGAAUUAUAGUGCAGAUUGCCAAGGCUCUAGAAUAUCUCCAUCAACAACACAUCAUCUACAGGGAUCUAAAGUCAGAAAAUGUAUUGGUGUGGGAUCUUCCACCUCCAUUUCACCCAUCACACCUUAGAGCUGCUGUAGAGGUGAAACUUGCUGACUAUGGUAUCAGUCGCUCUACACUUCCAACAGGAACUAAGGGCUUUGGUGGUACAGAGGGUUUCAUGGCUCCAGAAAUUAUGAAGUACAAUGGAGAAGAAGAAUACACAGAAAAAGUGGACUGUUUUUCUUUUGGAAUGUUCAUGUAUGAGCUGAUUACAUUACAUUUACCUUUUGAAGGUCAAGAAUGUGUUAAAGAUCACAUCUUGGAAGGUGGAAGACCGUCAUUAAGUCAGCGGGAAACUGUAUAUCCCAGUUACAUGUUGGAUCUCAUGACACUUUGCUGGUCACAACAACCCAAGGAUCGACCUUCUACAAGUCAUAUUGUUUCUAUUGCCACAGCACCAGAAUUUCUUCACUUAAUGGAUGUUGUCUCACUUCAUGACAACUUGGCAGUGUUAGGAGCAGGAGCUUUGCCUGUUUAUAGCUGUGGAGAAGGUGGGGAAAAGUCCCUGGAAGUGGAAAGUUGGGAAGUAUGGCUAAGUAGACAGGGGAAACAGUUAGACUUGUUGAAAUGUAACUACCAUGGGUGGCAAAACAACAAGACAAUAAUGACUGAACAGGCUACAGUUACCAGCAUGUGUAUAGUUGAAAACAGAGUUUGGUUAGGAGAUUCUCGUGCUUGUGUCCAUGUGUACAGUGGAUCACAUCAUUCAGAACUUUGUGCCUUCUCUCUGGACCCUGAUAGUACUUCCCACUGUGCUAUUCGCAGCAUGACUCAUCUCCCUGAGUUGGAAGUAGUUGCUAUAGCAACUAGCAGUGGUCGCCUUUGGUUGUGCUGCACAAAGGUUCAGAGUGUUGAAGGAGAUGGUCAUCAUAAGGAAGAAAGUAUACCUAGUUCUGAAGAGAACAUAGCUGAGAAAAAAAAGAUCUGGGAACUGGGAAGCAAUGGGAAUCCCAUCUUUUGUGUUACUGGUUUGAAACUGAAGGAAUGUAGAAGUGAGCUAUGGUGUGGCCAGACACAAGCUACUGUCACAAUCUUUACUCUUCAUAAUUCAAUUGUCACAUCCCAAGAAGUGUUAAACCACUUUGAUCCUGUUCUUGAUCCCCUAGAUGUCACUCAGUUGGUGGCUAAUUCCACAUAUGUUUGGUCAUACAUUUACCCUGGGUGUGUAGUAUACUUGUGGGAAGUUGCAACCCGCACCAUUCUUCACAAAUUGGACUGUUCUAAGUUAGCACCGUGUUCUGAAUCUCUUAUGUCUAUUAGUAUAGAAGAACAUCUUAGUCCUGGCCGGUGCCAAGUUACAGCCAUGGCAACACUAGGUUGUGAACUGUACAUUGGAACCACCUGGGGUUGUGUCAUUGUAGCAGAAGGAAACAGCAUGCGGCCUGUGACCAUAUUUCGACCUUUCGAAGAGGAAGUAAAGGCAAUUCUUCCAUUGUCUAAUAUCUUGUUUUCUAAGGAUGGGGUAGACAAUUCUUCAUCAUCAGUGGAAAACAUCUCGCACCCCAUUUCUCUGUUAGCUACAGUUGGCAAAGGUUAUCGUAAUCUGAUUGGCAGGUACACUUCUCUUCCCUAUGACAGUAGUGCUUCUCAUAACAGCAUGUAUUUGAUACUGUGGCUUGUAGAAAACUGGGCUGGAUCUUAAUUUUGAAACAACCAUACACAAUAUGUGCAUAUCUUUCUUUAAUGAUAACCUCACAAAUAUUCAACAUUUUUCCCAAUUUAUAAUGAUUCUGUCCGGACAAAGGAAUUUUGCAAAGCAAUCAUACAAAUUUCAAUGUUACAGUUCAAAUCUAUUUUUAAAAGUAUUAUAAUAUAGUUGUGCAAAAUUUAUUUGCUUUAUGGAGCUUAGAAAUUUAGAUGCAUUUAUCUUUCAUUCACUAAUGAUUAAUUUAUUUACAGACUGUUUUUCCCUAAGAGUCAUAAUAUGCUGUGGUGGAUGAAUGUAAAAGUACAUUUCUCGUUAUCUAGGUAGUGUUAAUUUCCCAAAGUUUGAACGUUUUUAAUAUUGUUCUUAAAACAGUUCUGUAAAAGUAUUAGAUUCAUUAACUCUUACAGACAGAUAAACUGUUUGGUAAGCUGUCAACAUCAUUAUCUACUGAAAUAUUGCAGACUAAACUUGUAAUUUCCUUCAAUAAGUGAUACAUAGAGAAAUCUUAUAAGUAGGUAUGCUUAAUGGCUUUUCUUACAUCCAUUAUGUCAAUAAGUUAUCAUUAGAAUCUUGUGUUUAGUGUAAGUUAACCCUUCCUUCAUCAUAGAUCAUACCUUUGCCAACAUAAGCUUCUACCUAAAAAUUUCUUAUUACAAUUUGAAAGUAUUUGUUAAUUUAAUGAAAACAUUUUUAGUUCCUUAAUGUUGACAGGAGGUAUAAAUUUACUGUACUACUAGUUACUUGCAAAAAAAAUGACUGUAAAGUUAUUUAGUAUCAACUGUAUAAUAACUUUUGCCUCACCAUAUAUAUAUGAUUUUGAACAGUCACUGCUAUUGUAGCAUUUUUGUUAUUUUCUUAAAAAGUUUUAAAACUAGUCAAAUUCAGUUUUUAACACAAAAUCUGGGUAAAAAUC